UCCCUUCCCCCUCCUCCCUCCCCCCCUUCCCCUCCCCCUCCCUUCCCCCUCCUCCCUCCCCCCCCUUCCCCUCCCCCUCCUCCCUCCCCCCCCUUCCCCUCCCCCUCCUCCCUCCCCCCUCCUCCCUCCCCCCCCUUCCCCUCCCCCCUCCCCCCCCUUCCCCUCCCCCCCCUUCCCCUCCCCCCUCCUCCCUCCCCCCCUUCCCCUCCCCCCCUUCCCCUCCCCCCUCCUCCCUCCCCCCCCUUCCCCUCCCCCCUCCCCCCCUUCCCCUCCCCCUCCCCCCUCCCCCCCCUUCCCCUCCCCGAUCCCCCCCCUUCCCCUCCCCCCUCCCCCCUCCCCCCCUUCCCCCUUCCCCUCCCCCCUCCCCCCCCUUCCCCUCCCCCCUCCCCCCUUCCCCUCCCCCUCCCCCCUUCCCCUCCCCCCUCCUCCCUCCCCCCUUCCCCUCCCCCCUUCCCCCCCUUCCCCUCCCCCCUCCCCCCUUCCCCUCCCCCCUCCCCCCUUCCCCUCCCCCCUCCUCCCUCCCCCCUUCCCCGUUCCCCUCCCUCCCCCCUCCCCCUUUCCCUCCCCCCUCCCCCUUUCCCUCCCUCCCCCCUCCCCCUCCCCCCUCCCCCUCCCUCCCUCCCCCCUCCCCCCUCCCCCUUUCCCCCUCCCCUCCCUCCCCCUUCCCCCUCCCCUCCCUCCCCCCUCCCUCCCUCCCCCUCCCCUCCCUCCCCCCUCCCUCCCUCCCCCUUUCCCCCUCCCCCCCUCCCCCUCCCCUCCCUCCCCCCUCCCCCUCCCCUCCCUCCCCCCUCCCCCUUUCCCCCUCCCCCCUCCCCCUUCCCCUUCCUCCCCCCUCCCCUCCCUCCCCCCUCCCCCUUUCCCCCCCUCCCCCUUCCCCCCCCUCCCCCCUCCCCCUUUCCCCCCCCUCCCCCCUCCCCCUUUCCCCCCCCUCCCCCCUCCCCCUUUCCCCCCCCUCCCCCCUCCCCCUUUCCCCCCCCUCCCCCCUCCCCCUUUCCCCCCCCUCCCCCCUCCCCCUUUCCCCCCCCUCCCCCCUCCCCCUUUCCCCCUCCUCCCCCCUCCCCCCCCCCUCCCUCUCCCUCCCCCUCCCCCUUCCCCCCUCCCUCCCCCUCCCCCUUCCCCCCUCCCUUCCCCCCUCCCCCCCUCCCCCCUCCCCCCCCUCCCCCUUCCCCCCUCCCCUUCCCCCCUCCCCCCCUCCCCUUCCCCCCUCCCCCCCCUCCCCUUCCCCCUUCCCCCCUCCCCCUUCCUCCCUCCCCCUCCCCCUUCCCCCCUCCCCCUUCCCCCUUCCCCCUUCCCCCCUCCCCCUUCCCCCUUCCCCCCUCCCCCUUCCCCCUUCCCCCCUCCCCCUUCCCCCCUCCCCCCUCCCCA